CCCUCCCCCUUUCCCGGCUCCUCCUCCUUCUCGCUGGAUCUUCUCUCCUGUCCGUCGAGCAAUCGUUCCAAAGGAAAGAAAGAAAAACUUCCAAGACUUCCUGGAAAAAAGUGCCCUGCUCUGAGCGAAAACCCCGAUGGAGACGGAGGAAUGAGCCCUAAAGCGUGAUGGUAGUGGUGAGCGAGACGACGGGCUCACCUCUCACCCCUGGUCCCGAACAAGUUCCCUGCUGCAAGGACUCCCGGGGGAAGAGCUCUACAUUGGAAGUGGACCAUGGGGGUGAGAGGAGACGUGGACAGACAUCUCCAGACCUCAGGCUCCUGCUGGACACGGAGUCAGACCCCUCAGACAGCAGGAAGAAAGCAGCCAGCAUCAGGCAGAAACCUGCAGAGCCACUUUCACCAAUGCUGAGUCUGUAUGAGUUUGAAACAAAGUUCGACAGGAAGAAGCCCCAGUCCAACCAGUUAUCGAAGAGCAACACGCAGUACCACAAGUUAUUUAAGGAUGUCCGCAAAGAUGAGAUACUCAGACAGAGUUACACUUGUGCCUGGCAGAAAGAUAUGUUAUAUCAGGGUAAAAUGUUCGUCUCUGAUAACUGGAUCUGCUUCCACUCCAAAGUCUUUGGCAAAGAUACUAGAAUUUCUAUCCCGGUGAUGUCUGUGAAGUUAAUCAAAAAGACUAAAACAGCGUUAUUGGUGCCAAACGCCCUCGUGAUUGUAACUACAAUUGAACAACAUGUGUUUGUUUCCUUCCUCUCUCGAAACAACACCUUCAAACUCCUGAAAUCUGUCUGCCCUCAUCUGGAGGUGGAUAAGGUCAGCAGCAGCCCCGUGGCUUCGUCGUGUGGGAACAGCUUCAGAGCCAGCUGCCCGUCGUCGCUUCCUCUGGACUUUUCUGGAGACUUCUCCGACCUCGACGGGGUUGUGCAGCAGAGACGGCAGGAGAUGAUGGAGAGCAGCAGCUCAGGGUCUCAAACUCCUGAUUAUGAUAAAAUAGACGACUUCUCCAGCCUCCCAGGGGCAUUCCUGAACACGGUGAAGAGCAGAGAGGUUUCAGUCCAUGCAGACGUUCACCUCCAGAGUCCAAGCCAAAAGCACGGGCCCACCCUGAAGAACGGCAAGGCAGCAGCACAUGGACUAACCCUGAAAGACUCACCCUCACAGCCAAAGUCCUUACAUCUCAUCCUUUUUAUCUACCUGUUUUUAGUCGUCAUCCUCGUCUUGUCCUCCUGUUACAUGACAUUUAAGAUCGUGGCUCUCGAGCACCGCCUGAACUCCCUGUUGUCGAUGGGAGAACUCAUUCGUAAUGAGAAUACUGGGAGCCAAAGGUCACAGGUUGAGGUGAAUGCUGAAAUGUAUGGAGAGCUAUCUACCAACCUGUUCAAGUUGGAGAAGAUUCAGAGGAACCUCAGGAAGCUCCUGGAGGGGACUUAAAAGACGACGGUUGUCUGCUGGUCUGUCCAGACGGAAGCUUCACUUUUAAUUAGAGUGGCUGUGUGAGCUCUGCAGAGCAGCAGCAAACACAUUUGGUAGCCUCUUCGUUGCCAAAGCACAGAGAGCCGCGUCGGAAAAGCUGUGUGAACAUUUGCUGUGCAAUAAUAGCCUCUCUGCUUUUCACUCAGGACUUCUUCUAUCCCUCAUUUCAAACGAACCUUUGCUGCAGCUGCACGGUAGCGUUAGCAAAGCAGAGUAUUUAUGUUUUAGAUUGACUCAGCAUUUCACUAAGAUGAGAUUGUUUUUAUUAAGGUUUCAGGUCCGUAGGUUCAAUGGUUGAUUUUCAGUGUUUUCAAAGAUUUCUUGAAAGGUCAAAAACUGCUGUUCAGAUGUUUUAAUCAGCAGUCAAAUUCAAAUAAAUCAUAUUUAUAUAAUGUUCUUGAAGAUGUUUUGCACAAAAGGCAAGUUAUUUCUUCUGGUUAGAUUGUGUUUGUAGAGAAAAGUGUGCCUUAUAAACAGAUAGAUGUUAAUGAAAGGGUUGUUGAAAUUCUUUAUAAUUAAAUCUAAAUGUAGAUUUAUAACAAAUGCUUCACUAAAAGACAAAUGUGUAUUUUUUUAAUCUAAAACUAUUGUUCCUUAGAAUAGUUAUUAAAAAAAUAAAAUAUUUCCUGUCUCUUUCUUUUA